CCCCUCCAGAACCUGGAGGCCCGGAAGGGGCGCCCGCAGGGUCACCAGAGAGAGAAGAUUUUUGUCUCAAGUUGUCCCGGAGUUUUGGUGUUCACACCACGACCAACAAACACCUCGAGUCCUCUGAGUCCCCUCAACUUUCAGACACCCCCUGCAGCCCCGCACCCUUGGGGAUCCCCGGGGGCCUUCAGACGUCUCCCAACUCUCCUGCCCCCUAAAAUCUCUUUGACUCCUCGACUAUCCCUCAGGCCCGCAGGACCCCUCCAUGGCUAGGUCGUAUGGGGGCCGGGUGCUGGCCGCGAUGAUUCUGUUGUGCAUCCCCGCGGCGGUGCUGGCGGCGCUGGGCGCGCAGCUGCUGUUCCAGCUGCAGGCAGGCCGCUCGGACCUUCGGGGACUGCGAUCCGACCUGCUAGGCCGGGAACUGGCCCCCGGUCCGGGGCUGCCGGAGAACGCGGUCUUGGCGCUGCUGCCGCUGGCCGCCGUCCUCGCCGCUCUCGCGCUCGUGCUGGGUCUCACCUGCCUGUUGCUUGCUGCGCUCUGCGGCCACCUGGGUGCUGAGAUGGCGCCGGGACCUGGUCCCAGCAGGUCUGACUGGUUUCUCUACGACUGCCGCCUCCUCAGACAUGUGGCCCUCGGCCUCUUCUGUUGUGGGGUAUCCGUGUACUUAGCAGCACUGUCCAUCUACACCCUGCUGCUCUUCGAGAUUGAGAUAGGUGCAGCUGCUGCCUCCAUCCUUGGCUUGGGUGCUCUGGUCCUGGUGGCGGCGCUGACCUACACUCUGCUCCGGGCCACCCGGGCCACCCGCCGUGGCCCCUGUGAGCUGUCCCUGCCACAGUCUGAAGAUGACCCCAUCCGCCCUGCUGAAGUCUCCAAGGCCAGCCCAGGGGCUCAGCCCCAGCAGGGUACCCAUCACUGGACCCCCUACUCAUCCUACCCAAAGUCUGAGACCUCCCUCAGGCCCACGGUCACUGCCACAGCACCUGCAGCCAUGGAGCGAGGCCAGGAGAGCAAUCUGCCUGCAUCCCGCAUGCACCAGAAACUGUCUGACAGUGAGGGGCACUGGGAGGAGGUCACACAUGAGAUGCGCAGCAUCCUAAGCCACAGGCCAGGGAACUCAGGGAAGGACUCCACCCUGGUGUGAGCCCAAGGGUCAGGGAUAGAGACCUGGUGUCCUUCCUGCUGUCAGGCAGCAGGAAAAGGACUCUUAGUAGAGAUAGGUCCAGUAGCAGCACAUAUUGAUUUUUUUCUCAGUUCACAGCAUCCCUGACUUUAGUCCUCAAGGUUACCUCUUGGUACAAAAUGGCUUCCAGGGCUCCAGCCUUCACCUCCUCACUCAGGGAAAAGUAGAGGCCAGGGCUGGCUCAGGAGCUUUUGAAAGUCUUCCUGGGAGGCCUUGGAACAUCUCUGCCUAUAGCUCACUGGACAGAACAGAGUCAUAUGGCCCAUGGAGACCACAGGGAGACUAGGAAAUGUAGCUGUCCAGAAUGAAUAAAAUUCUGUUAUAGGCAGGAGGGGAGGGGAAGGCUUAGGCAGCAGUUCUCUAAAUAUCUCCAUCCAUUUUACAGAUGAGGAAACCGAGGCCCAGAGAGGGGCAGUGACUCACCAAGGGUCCCAAGGUCAGUACUGAGCAUCAGGUCCAGGAUUCGAACCUGAGUCGUGUAACCUCCAUGCUGCCAAUAGUGCCGGUCUCAGACUCUGCGAAUCCUUCCCAGCCGUGAGUGUUUGAAACCUGUGUAUGCCGAGCUCAGAGCAGCCCAGGACCACAGACACACCUGGAGGCCUGGACCCAGACUCCUGGCUGUGGGCCUGUGGCUGAAGGCUUCACUGCUCUGUGUCUCGGUUUCUUGGUCUGUAAAAUGGGAACAGAAGCCAUUCCUCCUCCGAGGGCUCUCGUGAGAUUCCAUGUGAGCCAUUCCAGGGACCUGUAAACAGGAGGUCCUCAAUGCAUGUCAACCUGUGCUUCUGUCUCGGGGUGCCUAGUGGCAGGAAAAGGUGGGAUGAAGGCCAGUUUCUGGAACUCAUGGUGAGGCAGGAAGCCCCAUAAAAAACCCAGCAGGGAAGACAUGGAAACAGCUUAAACGUCCAUCAACAGGUGACUGGAUAAAGAAACUGUGGUAUAUUUAUACAAUGGAAUACUACUCAGCCAUAAAAACCGACAACAUAAUGCCAUUUGCAGCAACAUGGAUGCUCCUGGAGAAUGUCAUUCUAAGUGAAGUAAGCCAGAAAGAGAAAGAAAAAUACCAUAUGAGAUCGCUCAUAUGUGGAAUCUAAAAAAACCCAAAACAACAACAACAACAAAACAAACAAACAAAGCAUAAAUACAGAACAGAAAUAGAUUCAUAGACAUAGAAUACAGACUUGUGGUUGCCAAGGGGGUGGGGAGUGGGAAGAAAUAGACUGGGAUUUCAAAAUUGUAGAACAGAUAAACAAGAUUAUACUGCAUAGCACAGGGAAAUAUAUACAAGAUCUUAUGGUAUCUCACAGAGAAAGAAAUGUGACAAUGAAUAUAUAUAUGUUCAUGUAUAAUUGAAAAAUUGUGCUCUGCACUGGAAUUUGACACAACAUUGUAAAAUGAUUAUAAAUCAAUAAAAAAUGUUAAAAACAAAAACAAAAACAAAAAAACCAGCACCAGGGGGGACAGCAGGGCCCCCACUCUUGUGCCGGCACCAUCCGGUUCCCUGGCGAGGCUCUAUCCCACUUUUUGCCUCUGAAACAGCUUACUUACGCCUAAAAUUCUAUUGGUUCCCUGAGCUCACUUCUGAUUGGUUGUUUCCUUCACUCCUGAUUGGUUAUUUCUCUCACUACUAUUUGGGCUAUUCCUACAAAGCUUGUUCCUGGUUGGUCAACUUCUGCUAUACUUUAUUUGCUUAUGAUGUUGCAAAGUGUAAACUGGCAGCCUAUAAAGGCCUGUGUAAACCUACAGAAGGGGUCUAGAGCUUGGCGUGUUAACUCCUCU